AUGGCCGACAAUUCGACGAACCGGGUAGCCCCCCAGGGUGGUAUCCUUGAGGGCGGUAAUCCGUCGCAUUAUGAUCCCAAAAACCCAAUUGUUAUAUUCAUUAUCCAAGCCUUCAUAAUCAUUGUGCUCUGCCGUCUGAUUCAUUGGCCUCUUUCCAAACUCCGCCAGCCUCGCGUCAUCGCGGAAAUCAUUGCCGGUAUCAUACUUGGGCCGUCCGUGAUGGGUCGUGUACCGGGGUUCACCGAAUCGAUAUUCCCCGACGCUUCGAUUCCAAAUUUGACUCUGUUCGCGAACGUCGGUCUGGUCCUAUUUCUAUUCGUUGUCGGUCUCGAAACCAAUCUGCGAUUUCUUGUCAGUAAUUGGCGGGUGGCUGGCAGCGUCUCUGCUGCUGGCAUGAUCCUGCCGUUUGGGCUGGGUGCUGCUGUUUCUUAUGGCUUAUACCACGAGUUCCGGGACGAUGAUGGCGUGAAGCCGAUAGACUUUGGUACCUAUCUACUUUUCAUCGGUAUCGCCAUGGCUAUUACUGCAUUCCCUGUCCUGUGUCGUAUUUUGACCGAGUUGAAGUUACUUGGAACAAAUGUUGGAGUCAUUGUGCUCUCCGCCGGCGUCGGCAACGACGUUGUUGGCUGGGUAUUACUUGCGCUCUGUGUUGCUCUUGUUAACGCUGGCAGCGGCAUUACGGCACUGUGGGUAUUACUCGUCUGUGUUGGCUACGUCGCAUUCUUGAUUAUAGUCUUCCGCCCACUGUUCUUACGCUUCCUCAGCUACACCGGAAGUUUGCAGAAAGGACCAAGUCAAUCAGUAGUCACAAUUACGAUUUUGAUUGCCCUAGCGUCUUCUUUCUUCACCCAGGUGAUAGGGGUUCAUGCCAUUUUUGGCGGUUUCCUGAUUGGCCUGCUCUGCCCUCACGAGGGAGGUUUCGCUAUCAAGCUGACCGAAAAGAUCGAGGAUCUCGUCGCCGCGCUGUUCCUGCCGUUAUACUUUACGCUUUCCGGUCUUCAAACGAACUUGGGACUUCUCGACACGGGAAUCGUAUGGGGCUAUGUCGUCGCUGUGGUCGCCAUCGCAUUUAUUGCUAAAGUGGCCGGAGGUACACUCGCAUCAAGAGCCUGUGGCCUUCUCUGGCGGGAGUGCUUUGCUGUAGGAGUUCUUAUGAGCUGCAAAGGCCUGGUGGAGCUUAUUGUUUUGAACAUCGGAUUACAAGCGAAUAUCCUGAGCACCCGAACUUUCACCAUUUUUGUGGUCAUGGCACUUAUAACAACUUUUGCGACUACCCCUCUAACCACAUAUAUAUACCCGAAGUGGUACCAAGAUAAGGUCGACCGGUGGCGCCGCGGUGAAAUCGACUGGGAAGGAAACCCCAUUCAACCUGGUGAGCGUAGUGACAGUGUCACUGCUGCCAAGGAGAAGCUAGAGUCUCAUACUGUUCAAAGACUUCUCGUUUAUCUACGGCUUGAUGGUCUUUCUAGUAUCUGUACACUGGCCGCGCUCCUUGGACCAAACCAACCUCCAAGUCCGAAAGUACAUCCAGAGAAAGCUCAGAACGACGCAAGAUCACCCGAGCCAGCAGCUGAAGAGUCUGCUGCUAGCGAAAUACACGAAGAUUCAUCCCUCAAAGUCCAUGGGAUUCGCCUAGUGGAACUCGGGGAUCGAGAAUCUAGUGUAAUGAAGGUGUCAGAAGUUGAAGACUAUUCCUUGUGGGAUCCAGUCAUUAAUACCUUCCGUGCAUUCGGUCAAUGGCAUGACAUUUCUAUUCUGGCUGGAGUUUCGGUGGUUCCUGAGCAUUUAUAUGCAGACACCGUCCUUGGGAUGGCCCACAAAGAUACCACAGACCUCCUUCUCAUCCCAUGGAGCGAGACCGGCGCCUUGAGCGAACACCAAGGAGGCCUCGGCAUGGAUGAGCAAAAUCGCUUUUCCAACGGGCCCUAUACUGAUUUCGUAUCUAACAUUCUAAACCAAAGCUCCUGCAAUGUCGGUGUUCUUAUAGAGCGCAGCACGUACACUAGCAACGCCAAAGGUCGGCCUACUAUCGAACGAACCAUGAGCGCCAGAAGCAUCGGAAGCGCAGUCUGGAGUCGCCCCGCGGCCGCACGCUCUCACCAUAUCGUUCUACCCUUCUUUGGAGGAGAUGAUGACCGCUAUGCUCUCAAAUUCGUUCUCCAAUUAGCACAAAACGACCAGGUCACGGCUACCAUUAUCCACAUAGAUUUACCCGUGGAGGCUCCAAAAAUAACAGCCAACGUCUCUGCCUGGUCCAAGCAGCGCGAGUCGUCCUCAAGUUCCCAGCCCGAUAACUUCGAAGAGGCGACUGAUGCCGUUAUCUUCGCCACGCUCCGCGACUCGCUGCCGGAUGAGCUCUCAUCCCGCGUUAUUUUCAAGACCGUCACACCGGCCAAGGAUGGCUCCAACGCCGGUGUCCAAACCGCCAUUGAAUGUGUCAAAGACGAAAUGGCACAGUCGGCCUCUAAACCCGGGAAUAUCACCGUCGUCGGACGGCGCAACACCCGCGUGGACCAGACGCCGGAAGUUGACGCACCGUCUUCUGAAGAGGUCGGGAUCGAUGCCCGGGGUGCUUUGGGUGCUGUUGCACAGGCAAUGGUGCGCACCGAGAAUAGAACUGUCGGCAAUGUACUUGUUCUUCAGGCGGCUGCCUCCUCACAUGACUAG